AAAGAUGACCAAUUGUCUCAUUAAUUCGUUCAUUAAUCACAUGCACCGUACUUUCAUAUUACUGGCUUUUAUAUACCUUUUCGUCUCCAGACUUCUUCGGUUUGGUGAAUGUUAAAGGUGAUCGAUUCCGAGGCUGGUAAUGUUGCUGUCCGCCCACUCCGCGGUGUUUUUGGGCAUCCUGCUGUUCAGCGUGACGGUACAGGGUGUCCGAUGGGGUAUCGUGCAUAACUGCGAGGAUUAUUAUAUUGAGGUGCACAUUCCUCGCACCCUGGUCACAGAGCCACUGAAAAUUGUCGGUGAGCAUGGCUAUGCAUUCAAGGUACGCAAGAUUGCACGACAUUGUGGAUAUACACUGACCUCUGGCCAGGAUGACAUGUUGGUGUUCAGGGCUACUUACUAUGCCUGCUUUAUUAAGAAGGAGCAAGGUUUCUACAGUCUUGAGUUAAAGGUGGGGUCAAUAAGGGUCCCAGUAAUUUGUGAACUUGGCCAUGACUUGCUGACAAAUUAUACUACCUGGGUCUCCCUGAAUAGCUCCAGGGCUCCGGGAUCAAAAAUUGUCAUAAGCACAACUAGAAAUAUAGAGACAACAAACCAGACAAAUUACAGUAUCUCAAGAGAUCCGAGUUUUAAUCUACAGUGUGGAGAGCCUGAAGUCUCGGAAGCCGAAUGUGUACGCAUGGGUUGUGCUUAUGAUUUAGUGAAAGAUGGUUCAUCCUGUUUCUACAAAUAUACUGGUUGUUCAGCUGACGGACAUUUUGUAAUAGUGGUGAACAGAAACUAUACAAAACCUCCGCUUAGUCUCUCAACUCUGCAUGUAUCCAGUGGUCAAGGAGUACAGUGCCAGGCUAGAAGGAUGACCUUAGACUUGGCAGUGUUCCAUUUCCCUGUGAACCAAUGUGGAAGUAAAAAGCUGACCCUAAAAGACCGUAUCAUCUAUCAAGUAGAAGUCGUUGCUAAGAGGGAAAUUCUGCUUUCCAGCAACUUCUCCAUUACACUGGACAGCAACUUUAGAUUCUGGCUAAGCUGUUCAUAUAAAGCUAGUGGAGAUGUAGCCAUGAAAAGCUUUGUGAACCCCAUGACCUUCCUUGAACCCAUCUCCGAGAAAGGGACUGUCCAGCUGCAACUUAAUUUUGCUAGAGACAGGUCAUAUACUUCCUGGUUUAAUACGGCAGAGUUUCCUCUUACCCGAUUUCUUCAAGAACCACUUUUAUUUGAGGUCCGUCUCGUCCAUCAUGAAGACCCUAAUGUGGAGCUAGUUUUGGACAGCUGCUGGGUGACCUCUGAUCCAAAUCCAGCAUAUGAGGUUUGGUGGCCUCUUCUUGAAAAUAGCUGUCCUGUUCUGGGUGAGAACUAUCUGCCUCUGCUCCAUGAAGUGCACAUGGCCCAAAAGGUCAAAUUUCCUUCUCACCACAAGAGACUAGAGAUGAAGAUGUUUGCUUUUGUUAACCACACAAGUGGAAUUCCCUUGAACCAACAGCUUUUCUUCCACUGCAGGGCAAUGCUUUGUUCAUCCAUCAGGGGGAACCAGUGUUCCAAAAACUGCAGCCACAACUCAUAUGAGUCCUAUACGCAUAGAAUGAUCAAAAGGUCCCACAUCUCUUCAGUGCUGGUUUCAUCUCAGGGUGCAGUGCUGCUUGUGCAACAGGAAGAUUCUCUUAGUGUGCAUAAAACCAGUUCAUCUCUGCAGUGGAGAGGGCUGCUUCUUCAAACAUCUGCUGUUCUGUUCUUUGUGGUCGGUAUUGUUGGAACACUGCUGGUGGUGAAGAAGUUCGUUCAGAAAUUCUGUUCCAGAUUAAUAGUUCAGACUCCUCAGUUAUAUUCUUAAAUGUCAUUUGAGAUGUGUGCCAUUUUUACACUACAUUAUGGAAAAUCGGAAUAGUGAAUUGUAUUCCAAGAAGUAGUAAUCGCAUAAGCAGUGGAUAUGCACUUGCCAAGGUUUGAUUUUUAAGGUGACUGAGGUCGUCAUGGGAUGUUUGUCCAAGGCAUCUUUUGCUAAUACUAAAUGUUUUUCUUUCAUAAUGUAUUUUUUUUUGUAUUAACUUUUGUUCUUUGCUUAUGUUAUCCACUGUUUUGUAAAGAGAUAGCUGAAUUGCUAUAAAAGCAUAAUUGCAUCCAGAUGACUUGGUUACCUCCUAUCCAUUAAGUAUGAUGUCAGAAAUGAAUUUGUUAAAAGAACUGUGUGUGCUUUCCCAGAGAAGGAGAGAAUUCACAAAUGGGUGACAUCACCUUAAAAUACUUUGACACUAUUAAAAUGGUCACUUGGUUAGGCAUAAAAUACAAGGUACAACUCUAUUCAAAACGUUUCAAAAAAGUAAAAGUGAACUUUUUGUUGGCCUAGAAAUGUGCAUCAUAAAAGUCAUUCUACUAAAGGUUUUUUGAGAUUUGCCCAGAAGUAAAAUUUUAUUUCCUGUAAUGAAUGCACAUUUAGCUAAAAUUGCACGUUUCCAGGUGUACUUUUUUUACAUUGUAGAACACUGGCCUAUUCAGGGGCCCUGCAUUUAUACCAGUUUCCUCUCCUACUAGUCCCAAUUUUUGAAACGAGUCUCUGCAAUGGAAUGGCGCCCCAAGGCUGUUUCCUGUCUUGUUUGGUGCUGUACAUGAAACAAAUGGGUCCAGUAAGACUGCUGACAGAUUGGAAUCUACUAAAUUCAACUAAGAUUGCCUGGGCCAGAGUUCCCUGCAGCAUCAAAUAGAAACCAAUUUUGAAUAUGAUGCUAGUCCAUCACAUGGUAAAAACAAAUCCAUAGUUGGUCAUCCAAGGGUCAAUUUAAAGUUACUAUUUAGCUUUCACAUUUGAUUGUGGGAGGAAGACUGUAGUCGGGGUACCGAUUCAUCACCACCCCAAAACUUCAAUGUGUCCAAACUUUGCAUUCAUUGCAUUAAAAUGCAAGAUGUCAUCCUUGUUUAGUUUGUUUUUGGCACUUGGUUCUCCGCAUAUAUUUGGUAACAGAUGCUUGUCUGUAUCAGGCUAAGAGUUCUAGACUUCUCUAAAAAAGCCCAUGAUUUCUUGAUCAAAAUGCUAAGUCACAAGGGCAGAGAAGAGCAAGUUUCAUCUGGCCUUAGCUUAAGUACUCCAUUACUGCUGGUUUUCUUGUAAACCAGUUUGUCAGAAUUGGCUUGUGCUUCCAUGAGCACCUCAAGCAAGCCUGAAAGCUUUCACAUGUCGACAUGCACAUAUGCUGCCAUACUUCAGAAAAGCUGCAAAACACAGCACUGUUUAGAAAAGGAAAAGAAAUGCAUGUUGGCCUGUCCUUGUGAUUUGCUCAUUAUAAUUGGAGACUUAAGUAAGGCACUGAAUAUUUUUGCAAGGCACUAUAUUUGCAAAAUUUGUAUAUACGGUGGUGGCUGUGUGUUAAACCCAUUACAUUUAACUUUCACAUUAAUCCUUUGUUUUCCUUAUAGGAUCUAGAAUUUAUUGCAAAUUUAAGGUUUAUUGCCCGGAGGAAAAAACACGACGGAGUACAAAAGAGGCUUUCCAAUACUAACAAUCAUUAUGUAUUAAAUGGACCAAGUUUAAGGGUAAUAAAAUGUGGUAAUAUGAGAUUUAAAUUUAUUGAAAGUUUUAACUUUCUCACCAGGGUAACACUGGGUAACUUAGCCAGUUUAUGUAAAAAUGUUAAGGUUUUUCAAUUAGUGUAUGCUAUGGCAUGCUAUGAGGAAUCCAAUUGCUAUAUUGUGUCCAACAGGGGACACUUGCUUCCUACUUAUUGUGUGUGUUUAUUUAAAAAAGUAACUUGUGUAUCCCAGCUCCGAGGGCAGAGCUAUUAAGACAAGUAAAUUUUAAUUGCUUUUUAAUGGUGUCUUAUUAUCCAUAGGUGAGCUAUACAUUCCAAAGGGUAGUUUUCAUCUAUUUAGUACUAUUGAAAUCCCCCUCUUCAGAGCUAUCCAAAAAUAUAUUUUCUGAACUCCUUAUCACAACUGGCUACAUGCAUGGAAAAGCAUUUUUAUUUCCAAAAAAAUUUGCUACUUUUAUGAUCUCUGCUAAAGACAAGAAAGCAAUCAAUAUUCACAUCACUGUAAUAAAGAUCACAUUUAUUUUAACUAUUAACAACUUUGGAAAUGCUCAUUAAUAAUAAAGUACAACAGCUCAGAAAUUAACAGCUUUCAUAUUCGGAAACCUGUUCCAUUUUGUGA